CUAACGUCGUCCACAACCCCCGAAGAUGGCCUUCCGCCCAUGGGUCAACGACAUCUUCUCCAACUACUCGACUACCGUGUCAAGAAUAAACCAACUACCCCAUAUGCCUCGAUGCCAAUAGAUGAAAACGACAUCUCAAAGGGGUUCAAUGACAUCUCCUACGACACCUUUGGGAACGCAAUAAACCAUUGCAUUGAAUGGCUCCAAUCUGUUCUCCCACCACCAACAUCACCGUUCGAAACCGUGGCAUAUACAGGACCAAGAGAUAUGCGGUACUCGAUCUUGUUCUGCGCGUUGGCCAAGCUGGAACGCAAGUUGCUAGUCCCCAAUCCUAUGGCGAGGCCAGCCGCACAGGCUUCUCUAGUACACAUGACAGAGUGUAAAGUGUUUUUGUACGGCGGAGAACUUGAAACUGUAGUUCAUUCUGUAUCUAAGCAGGUCACAGAGUGGGAUGUGAAGGUUGUGAAAACGCCGGAGCUGGACGUGUGGCUCACGAAAGAGAGGGCUGCCCCGUAUGAAUGGAGCAAAUCGUGGGAAGAUGCUAGGUUGAUACCGUGUCUCGUAGUUCACACAUCCGGCACCACUGGUCCGCCAAAGCCGGUUGUUUAUAAUCAUGCAACUUUGGUAGCACAAGAUGCUUCGCAGUUGAUGCCGGAAUAUGGGGGCGACUGCACGGAGAACAAUCUCAAAGAAAUGAGGUGCUAUAGUCCACUCCCGGCCCUCCAUGCGGUUGGCAUCUUUCUGUCGAUUUUGUUCCCCAUUAUCUUAGGGACCGUUCCAGUCUUUGGUCCCACUACGAACACCACGCCUGACAACAUCGCCCAGGUGAUCGAUGUUCUCCGCUAUGGCAAUUGCGAAGUAUAUAUGGCGCCACCAGUUUUCAUAGAAGCGCUUGUCAAUAGUACAGUUGGUCUUGAGGCUCUGGGAAAGCUCGACAUGGUGUACUUCGCUGGUGCAGCCAUGCGAAAGUCGACGGCCGAGAAGCUGAUGGCUCACACACGGCUGUAUUCAGGAUACGGGUCGACCGAGGCAGGUUGGCCCCUCUGCGUCCGACGGGAGAACGAGGAAAACUGGGAGUAUCUUUCAUUUCGAGAAUCUCACGGUAUUAAGUUUGUGCAUACGGAGGGUGACUUGCAUGAGCUUGUUUGGGUUCGCAGACCAGAGCUGGAAAAGUGGCAGCCGGUGUUCUACAUAUAUCCCGAACUCGAAGAGUUCCACUCGGGGGACCUCUGGGUCGAGUCAAAGACGAGACCUGGAGCGUGGAAAGUCACUGGCCGGACUGAUGAUCUGCUCGUGUUCGAAAAUUCGAUGAAGCUCAACGCCCAAACCGUUGAGAUGAGUUUGGCUUCCCAUCCGAGCGUCAACGGGAUUGUAGUCGGUGGACAAGGCAGGUCGCGUCCAUUUGUGAUUAUUGAGUGGGCAAACAACGAAGGCGAAGACAUAACCAAACUCGAGCAGCUGUGGCCCGAGAUUGAGCGGGUCAACGAAGGCAUGGUGAGCGGCGGUGUAACGAUCCUGAAAGAUAUGAUUCUAUUUGCGACAACCGAGAAAAGACUACCGCGGAACGUGAAAGGUGGUGUGAUAAGGAAACGAAGUGAAGAGAUGUACGAAAGAGAGAUAGAACAGUUGUAC